CUGAUCCAUGCAGAGGAUCUGCGAUCAUCCUGGCGCACCUCGCACCAGCCAUUGGUCCUCUUCGCCUCUGCCAUACCAUCGUCCCAUGCACGCUGUCGAGGACAUCGCCGAGCUGCCGACGCGCGCUGGCGGCGUCGACGUCGACAAGCAAAGCGCGUUGCGUCGCAGGCCCAGCUGCAUUCCACCAUUGAGCUUUCUAUCGCACCGCACCUGCGAUCCUGCAGUUCGUAUGGACACGAGUGGCACGCAGAGUGGGACUUCCAUCUCGCCCACUCGAGCUUCGAUUACUUUUCCUUUUCCUGCGCAUGCAGCAAGCACCACCAUGUCCUCGCCCACCUCGUCUUCCCGGUCGUCCCGGUCGUCGUCGUCCAUGAGCGAGCCGAGCCGCCGCUACUCGUUCGCCGACCAAACCCACUCGCGCAAGCUGAUGACAGAGGCGCUCGUCUUCUCAUGGAACCACUUCCUCUGCCCGUCCACCGCCAUUGCGCACGACCUGCAGUUUGCCAGCUACCACUCGAGCCGCCGCCUCGCGAGUCUGCACCGCGAUUGCGCGCUUCUCGACCCAGCCAUUGUCGCCACGCUUCUCGACGCGCGCCGCCUCGGCUACCUCUACGUCCUCGUCGAGUGCCCGCUCGACGACUUUCAAACGACGCUCGCGACCUUCUUUCCCAAGACGGCGGCGCUCAUUCAGUGCGACGCAAGCCACAUCCAGCUCGCGUGCGCGCUCAAGCCCGCGAGCCUCACGUUCACGUACGAGCAUUUGCUCUACUCGAUCUGCGCGAAAUCGGCGCGGCUGCAGCAGUCGUCGAUCUCGCUCACGGUCUUUGGGCCCGAAGAGCUGCGCCACGCGUGCCUCACGAUCGCCCGCGCGCUGUCGACCGUCGUGCCCAAGGCCAUUCGCACCGCGGGCGGCACACCGAGCUUUGCCCAAGUGCACGACCGGCUCGGCAUGGUGCGCCAGCACCUCGAGGGCAUCGUCCGCCGGGACGCGCCGAGUCUGCGCCCGACCGCCCGCCCGCGCACCGUGUGCCUCUAAGCGCCGUUUUCUUGUCGUCCGUGUCAUUCGUGUCGUGCUGUACAUUCUACUAUUUAACGUUGGUCAAUAUGUCUACUAUUGCUGUGUUUCCA